AUGGAAGCUCUAACUGCUAGUAAGCAAAACGAUGAAAUUAGUGAUGAUUUCGACGAACAUACAAGAGAUGUAGAAACUAGCGUCACUUCUCUACAGGCAAAACUAUUUACGCCACAAGCAACACUUUCUACUAGCUACUUUGCCAAUUUUUUAAUUAAACAUAAUAAUAUCGAAGACGAAACAAGGUUUAGAAUAAAAGAAACUCCGCCCAAAGAAUGGUGGAAUAAUAAAGAGCCACCGUUUGAUAUUCAGCCACCUAGAUGGCCCACAGAAUGCCAGGUACUGGAAGAACGUAUUUUCCACGUAAUUGAUUCUCCGCCAACAAAUGAACUAUACUAUGUUCCCACAGGUGCCGAAUGCCAACCGACGCCAUCUGGCGAGGAAUGCGGUAAAGUUGUUUUCCAGUAUACGCCACUUAGUGCUGUGAAUUAUUUUUGUAGAUCUAGCGUCGGUGGAAAUAAAUUCAUUUUACCAUCUAAUCUAUGUCCGGGCGAAGACACUUUAAAAUUCGAAUCGAGAUUCGAAUCCGGCAACCUAGCAAAGGCCAUAAUGAUAACUCCAACUUAUUAUGAACUACAUCUUAGGUCUGAUUUCUAUACGAACAGGCAUAUGCAAUGGUAUUAUUUUAGAAUAAGUAACGUUAGAAAAGGUCAUUUGUAUAGGUUUUCAAUCACCAAUUGUUCAAAAGAAAGUAGUUUAUAUAACGAGGGAAUGAAGCCUCUGAUGUAUUCAACCAAAGAGUCCAAAAUUCACAACAUUGGCUGGAGAAGAUGUGGAACGAAUAUAUCGUAUUAUUGUAACGAAAACAUAUCUGAGUUCGAACCGGACCACCCGAUGACAUACACUUUAACAUUUACUUUAAGAUUCCCACACGAUAACGAUGAAGUUUAUUUAGCUCAAAGUUACCCUUAUACGUAUUCGGAUCUUCAAGAUUACCUUUUGGAAAUGUCUACGCACCCAGUUAAAUCGACUUUCACCAGCAUUAGACCGUUGUGUCGAAGCCUCGCCGGAAACAAUGUACAAUACGUAACCAUUACCUCUCCUCCUGCGCCCGGGGAAGUUAUUAAGAAAAAGAAAGCAAUCGUGUUAACGGCCCGGGUGCAUCCAGGCGAAACUCCUUCGUCCUGGAUAAUGAAAGGUAUCCUGGAUUUUCUUUCAAGCGAUACCGGACCAGCCAAAGAAUUAAGGAAUAAGUUCAUAUUUAAAAUAGUGCCAAUGUUAAACCCAGACGGUGUUAUAGUAGGAAACAAUCGAUGUUCAUUAUCUGCCAAAGAUCUUAAUAGGCAAUACAGGACUGUCAUUAGAGAUGCUUAUCCUUCCAUAUGGUAUACCAAGUUGAUGAUUAGAAGGCUACUCGAAGAAUGCGGCGUGGCGAUGUAUUGUGAUCUUCACGCCCACUCUAGAAAACACAAUAUUUUUAUUUAUGGUUGCGAAAGCCGACGAGGAAGCGAUCGAAGACUGCACGAACAAGUUUUUCCUUUGAUGUUACAUAAGAAUGCAGCUGACAAGUUUUCGUUCGAGAGUUGCAAAUUCAAAGUCCAAAAGAACAAGGAAGGUACCGGCAGAGUGGUAAUGUGGAUGAUGGGCAUAGCGAACAGCUACACUUUGGAGACGUCUCUUGCUGGCUCCACCCUCGGCCACAGAUCGUACACUCACUUCACCAUACAAGAUUACGAGCAAAUGGGCAAGACCUUCUGUCAAACUCUUUUGGACUUCUACGACGAAGAUCCCAAAAAGGAAAAACUUCGAAUGAAAAUCGUGGAGCGGUUGAUGAAGGAAGGAUCGAACGCAGACGAACCCAUGAAUAUUAAAUUGAGUGACUACUCAAGCGAUGAUGGUGAUACUUCCAAUAGUAGCGACGAAGUCGGUAGGGAUUACGGAGAAGAUAACGAAACGCCAAUGGUGCCUCCAUCUUCGCCGAUUUACGUUAAAAAAACCAAAUCGAAAACUUCCUCAGGAAAAGUGAAAUCUGUUGUUCCAAAAAGCCCGUCUGCACCUAGGAAACCGUUGCCAAUAUGUAAAGCCACUUUGAAACUGUCUCUAUCGGACAAGGAAAGCAGCGUUUCUUGUUCUUCGUACAGCGAUUCGGAUUCAGAUAAAGCGACAAAGACCAAAAUAGUUAGGAGGAGGAAAAAGAAAAAAUACUCGAGGAAGAAGAAGAAAAGUAGAGAAUCACUAGAUGAGGAUAGAAUUAUUGUUAUAGCUGUAAAGCCAAUACGUGAUCAUUCGGACAGCGAAAUCCAAGUAAACAGAAGCAAAAGGACUAUUUCAGUAUUCGAUUUGAUUCCUGCCGAUACUUUGAACAAUCACCACAUUUCAACGUUGCAGAGAUGCAAAACUCAGCAAACAGUGAGGCAUGCAGAAAAGCGAGACGAAGUUCACAAACAACUGGCUGAGGUUCAAGCAAAAUUAUUUACAUUAAAAAAUAAACUGUGGUUUGGAGUGGGCAACGGCGAUACGCCGCUGGCUUGGGGAAAAAGGACAGUAGAAAAUCAGAAAAAAAUAUCCCAAAAAGAAGUAAAGAAACGUACGCCGAGUGCGAAAAAAAUGCAAAAGAUAGACAAAAAAUCGACGAUCAAAGAUAUAAGGGAUAACGAACCCAAAGAAAAGUCAACGGUGAAUGGACAAAAAAGAAAAACAAUAUACGACCUCAUUCAACCAAAAAGUCAAUCCGAAAAGACAAGACUGCGCAAGUGCAAGAGCCUGCCCGAUACGUCGUCGAUCUCGUUGAUAGCGAAACAGAAAUCGCUUAGCGGCGACGACGAAAAAGAUAAAAAGAAGAAAAAGAAACUCGUCAAAAAAGUCAAAGCGAUAAGCAACGCCAAGACGUUCACUACAAUAAAAAAAGACUGA